UGGUUUGUGAGUAAUAUGCUCGUGCCGUGACGUUAGAUCGGGAUCAGUCGUGUGAUACAAUCGUUACGAGACAUACGAACGCUUAACGCCAAAAUUAAUUGCUUUAAAAAAGCGCAGUAAAUCCUUCAUUUGGAGAUUAUUAGGUAUACAAAUAAAUCUAAAUAAUGGGUGUCCCUGCUGGAAAUGCGGAAAACGGCAAAAAGAUCUUUGUUCAAAGAUGUGCUCAAUGUCACACCGUUGAGGCUGGCGGCAAGCACAAAGUAGGACCCAACCUACAUGGUUUCUUUGGUCGCAAAACUGGUCAAGCUUCCGGAUUUAACUAUUCAGAAGCCAACAAAGCUAAAGGUAUCACCUGGGGCGAUGACACACUCUUUGAGUACUUGGAGAACCCUAAGAAAUACAUCCCCGGAACAAAGAUGGUGUUCGCUGGCCUCAAGAAAGCAAAUGAACGUGCGGAUCUAAUUGCCUACCUUAAAGAAGCUACUAAGUAAUUUAAAUGACAUUAGGAAAACAAAAACAUUAAGAAGAGUAAUCCAUUAUAUGGAUGGCACUUCUUACUUACUAGCCCAAUCAGUAUAAUCAUUAUUUAAUGUAUUUAUUUAGAGUUAACAUUUUCUAUUCAUAGAAAGUUACUCUUCCUUGCAUCAUUUUGUAGUUGCAAAAGUGUGGUUUGUAUGUACAUGUUAUAAUGUAUGACAACAAUUAAUUGCUGACCAUAACAAUGUUGUGAGUGAAUUUUAAUGUUAUUAAAUUAAUAAUAGACACUAUCAUUAUUUUCAUUCGUAAUACUACCCAAAAAUAUCUAUCCUACUUAUCGAACUGUUUGUUAAAGUUACCAUUUUUUUUUUGUUUAAAUGUUUAAAUAAAUUAUGUUUUGUUUUA